AUGUUCAUUGGUCCUACUCGGUCCUACUCAGUCAGAUCUAAGCCAGCCCCGGUCUAUGUAGGACGGACCGUGGUUCUUUCGGUAGCUGAUUAUGCACUUCAUUCUUUCAUCUCUUUCGAUUCUGGCUCCUUAGGCAAUUAUGGAUAUAUCAUUUUUAUUACGCUUUCUUUUAUCAUUCUUUCGGCGGUCCUGGUUUGUGGUUAUGGUAAACCGUUCUUAUUGGUCUAUCACAUAAUUAUGGAAGACUGUAAAACCUGCGGUCCUACCGGUCCUACGCGGUCCAUCUUUUUGAGGUGUAGGACCGGUAGGACUGAGGUCCUCUGGGACCGAUGA